CUCCCUCACUCUCUCUCCUCUCAAUCUCAAAUCUCUGCAACUACUCCCUUAAUUGAUCAUCAAAUUCAAACCCCAUCUGAAGGAACACCCAGAAAUCUCUAACCCCAAUUCAAAACUUCGAUCAUCAAAAUUCCAUAAAAAGCCUCUAUCUUCCUUGAUAACCCUACUACCACUGUACAAACAACAACAAGAAGAGCCAUAACAAGAGCAAGAACUAGGAAGAAGAGGUAGAAGAAGAGGAGAGAGAAGAGUAUAGUAAGGAGAUGGAACUUUUUCCAGCACAACCAGACUUAUCCCUACAAAUCAGCCCUCCAAAUAGCAAACCCACAUCAAGUUGGAGGAGGACAGAAGAUGAGAUGGAUUUGGGUUUCUGGAAGAGAGCUUUGGACUCCAGAAACUCCUCCUUCUCUUCAAUGGCGACCAAACCAGACAACUUUUUCGAGCUCUCCUUGGCGAAUCCAAGGGUUUCUGAGCCCUACUCCAACCAUUUUCAGUUCCACCAGAACAGUAACACCAAUCUCAUCCACUCCUUUCAACAAAAUCAGUACCCAAAUCAUCACCAUCUACAACUGCAACACCAAAUAUUUCAGCAACAACACCAUGGAAUGAGCCCAGAGCUUGGUUUUCUGAGACCCAUUAGUGGAAUUCCAGUAUAUCAAAACCCUCCUUUCCCAUUUUCUCAACAGGGUCUAGAUACUUCUGUAUCUUCUACAACUACUUCUAGUGCCAUUACUUCAAGUUCCUUUCAGUCUCAAGGGCUAAUGCGAUCGAAGUUUUUGUCGAGAUUUCCAGCCAAACGUAGCAUGAGAGCGCCUCGGAUGCGGUGGACUACUACCCUUCAUUCUCGUUUUGUUCAUGCUGUUGAGCUUUUGGGUGGCCAUGAAAGAGCUACACCAAAGUCAGUUCUUGAGCUCAUGGAUGUGAAAGAUCUCACCUUGGCACAUGUUAAAUCCCAUUUACAGAUGUAUCGAACGGUGAAGACCACUGAUAGGGCAGCAGCUUCUUCGGGACAAUCGGAUGUAUUUGAAAACGGGUCAUCUGGGGAUACAUCUGAUGAUUUAAUUUUGGAUAUUCAAAAUUCAAGAAGGUCUGAGGUUACAGUUCAACAGGGAAGGCAAAAUGUGAAUCAAGAUAAGGAUUAUCAUGGCCUCUGGAGCAACUCUUCAAGCAGGGAAGCCUGGUUGCAUGGCAAACCAAGGGAUUGUGGAGGGAACAUAACAACUCUUCAGAAGGACAGGGACGCAAAGGUCCUAAGCUAUGAGAGAAUAUCAGAGGUGAGCUCAUCAAGCCUAUCAGAAACAAGCCCCAAGAAGCCCAAUCUGGAGUUCACUUUAGGAAGGCCACAGUAAUACCACUCUUUACUGGCACUAGUUAUUUUGAAAAUCAUAAUAUCUCUGAUUUGGGAGCUGGUGAAGAGAAUCAGGUACCCACUGUGAAAAUCAGAGAGAAAAGAAAGGAAAAGAAAAAGAAAAGAAAAGAAAAGAAAAGGUGAGCUA